GCGAGCGGAAGCUCUUUACAAUUACAUAACCAAACCGGAUUUCCUGACAAAACCAGACACUUCCCUGACCUGAGGUGAUUGUGGACAUAGACCUGAGAUUGUAAACUGUGAUUUGCGUUUCAAAUAAAUACCUCAGACUUGCCCCAAGUUAUUCAACUAAGUUCAAGAUGGUAGUGGUUGACGGAAACGAAGACACCAAGAAGAUCGAAGGGCUGUGUCUUUUCCACUUUGGCCCAUCAAAUGCCUCGCAAAAGGUUCGUGCCUGCCUAGAGGCCAAAAAGCUGAAAUGGCAAAGCCGAGUUACAUGUAUGACGUCAGAAGAAAUGGAGUCGGACUGGUACUUCACCAUCCAUCCCCAAGGACUGGUACCCGCACUGGUCCACGAUGGCGUCACUCACAUUGAAUCGUCAGAUAUCAUGGUGUAUCUGGACGAGGCCUUUCCAGAAAUACCCCUCCGACCAAAUACAGUGGACGGCAGGCAAGCUGUGCAGUCCUGGCUGGACCUGGAACGCACCAUCCAGAAACCCAUGAAAUACAUGACCUUCCGCUUUUACAUUGGUAACUUCGCCAAGCUCAUUGAAACAGACAAGCGUCUCGCUCGCCUGAAAGAGAAAAACCCGGAGGGCUACGCGUUCCACAAGAUGGUUCGAGAGGGUUCGUGGAAUGAUGAAGAUCUGAGAGGGGCCAUCGAGGAAAUACAUGAUGCCCUGCAAAUUCUUGAAGGGCAUCUUGCGAAUCACGAAUGGCUCGUCGGCGACCAGAUCUCAUUGGCCGAUUACUGCUGGGGUACCAACGUCUACCGUUACGUCGAGAGCUACAUGUACCGGUUCCCGAUGGGCCGGUACCCGGCAGUACGGGCGUGGUACAAGCGACUGUUGACAGAUGAGGCUUUCCAGAAGGCAGUUGUUGCCUAUGGCGGUGGUCCACCCAAACCACUUUUGGCUAUCAAGAACUCCAUUCAGGAGUUCCUUGGCAACAGCAUCAGCUGUUUUGAGAGAGACGUCAAACCCAAUUGGGCGCGUUUUGUCCUGAUGACUGUCGCUGUUCCACUGUGUUUUGCCUUUCUGCCGUACGCAUCAACAACAGCCGCUACAGGACUGUCGUCCACCGUGAUAAACACCGGCCUAGCUGCGCUGUGGGCCAGCGUGCUCUACUCGUGCUACAAGAAGGCCCACGCAGCCACGAAAACCGUCUACUUCUCCAGCGUCCACCGCAUGAGGGCGCUCUUGACGAAGGCGUACGGGAGCGAGACGCCAGUGGUGUGCGAGGAACACCCUCGGCCCAAGGUGGUCUUACCAGACGACAUUCUCGUGAGAGUCCACGCGGCGUCCAUCAACCCAAUCGACGUAAAGAUCAGGGAGGGGUACGGAAAGAGGGGGCUGAAUUUUAUGCGUGGAAAAUCCCAGAUGCCUGCUGGCGACGGAAAGGAGUUGCCACUGAUCCAAGGCAGGGAUUGCUCGGGGGUCGUGGAGGCUGUCGGAGAAGCCGUGUCAAAAGUCAAAGUUGGAGAUGAGGUGUGGGCAUCCCUGUCAGUUGCUCCCAUACCUGGGACCUAUGCGGAGUAUGUUCUCUUGAAGGAAGGGCUGGUAUCCCAGAAGCCCUCCUCGCUCACUCACGUCCAAUCAGCAGCCUUGGGUUACGUUGCCAUGACAACUUGGGGAGCGCUUGUGAAAACGGCCGUGCUGGGCCCCGACAAAACUGCCGGCAAACGCGUUCUUAUUUUGGCUGGUACUGGUGGCAUCGGUUCCUUUGCCAUCCAGCUUGUCAAGGCAUGGGGAGGUCAUGUGACCACCAGCUGUAGCACCAGCGGCAUAGAGAUGGUUGAGAAGCUGGGAGCGGAUGAGGUGGUGGACUACAGAAAGACGGACUUGGAGAGCGCCCUCAAGGACAAGCCACGGUUUGAUGUUGUGCUUGACACCCUCGGACCGGCUUACUACCAGACCUGUCUCAAUCUGACCAAGCGAGGGGGCUGUGUCGUCACCCUAGACUCCCCGGCCCUAAAAACUUUGGACCAGUAUGGCUUUUUGCUUGGCUUGCCUAAGGCUCUCUAUGAUCUGUUCCGGAUCAGCAUUCCGCAGAAGUUGUUCUACGGAAGAAGUUUCAAAUACGGGUUUGUUGCUGCCAGUGCAGAUGCUUUGGAUGUUGUUGCAAGUCUUGUGGAACAGAAGAAGAUUCAACCAAUCGUGGAGAAGGUUUACAGCUUGGAGGAUGGCAACGAGGCCCUGGGACAUGUACAAAAAGGACACGCCAGGGGUAAGACUGUACUGCUUAUGAAGCCUGAAUAAUAUAGUACUCAAAUGAGAAAUUGAGGGGUCAUGGGCCAUGGGCCAUGGGCCCUGGAACAUGUACAGAAUACCUCAUCCAGUAUACUGGAUAUGAAAUCUGAUAGAUAAUUUAUUCGUAUGAAAAAUUCAGGGGCCAUGACACUGCAACAUUUACGAUAAUACCAAGGUAUGAUAGUCUGUACUAGUUAUGAAAAUCUGAUAAAUAAUGAGGUGCUUAUAUGCAAAGUGGCCCUGGAACAUGUACAAGGGUGCCAGUGACACGAGCACAGGCUAGGUGUGCUGCUUAAAAAAGUGCCAAUAUGAUAUACAUUCCUAAUUAUUUUUUUAAUAUGCAAAAUUCAAGGGCCAUAGGCCCUGGAGCAUGUACUAAACAUAGUUUAAGAUUUUUCACACAGUGACUUAGCCUAUAAUGUAGUAUCACGUUUUGUAAAACUUCUGAAAUAUUAUUUCGCAUUUUAAUAAUCACUGCCAAAAAAAACGUGUUUUAAAAUGCACAUAAAUCUGGUAAUGAUGCUUGCAUG